UGUGCGUUAUGCAUUGGUUGUACAUGCUCAGUUUUCAUGUGCCUUUUUCUUCAUAUAUUCAUCUUUGCUAAUCACGGACUGGUUUCUGAAAUUACUAGCAAACGCGUAUGACCUGUGUUUAUUCGUGUUCGGUGAAGUUUGAAGAAAUUGUUUGUCAAUAUGGAGGAUAUAGGGAAUACAGGAAAUGUGUCACUGAAACGAUCUAAGAAGAGAAAAAUAUCCCUUGAAGAACUUGAGACGUUGUCUAGAGAAGAGCUCAUAAAUCACAUACUGCGAUUGGACAUACAUAAUAAUCAACUGAAGAACAUAAUUAAUAAAUCAGUUCCAAAGGAAUGUGCUGGAACUCACUUAUCUGUAAAGAAGAAUCGGAAAUUUGAUUUUUCCAAAUGUUCCAAGCGGCAUGUGCUACUGAAGUUGCUAUAUUUAGGAUGGGAAUAUCAGGGUUACACAACACAAGAAGACACCACAAACACCAUAGAAUAUCAUUUGUUUUCAGCCUUGGAGAGAUGUUGUUUAGUGGAAAGUCGCCAGACUAGCAACUAUGGUCGAUGUGGGCGUACAGACAAAGGUGUUAGUUCAUUUUGUCAGGUGGUAUCACUUGAUAUCAGAAGCAAGCUGACACAGGAACAAUUGGCUGCAUGUGGCAACGCUGUGGAGGGGGAGUUGGAUUAUCCAAAGCUCCUAAACAGAGUCCUCCCCACUGACAUCAGGGUGUUCUCAUGGUGUCCUGUACCUCCAAAUUUAAGUGCCAGGUUUGACUGUAAACAACGGACAUACAAGUACUUCUUCCCUCGGGGAAAUCUGAACAUUGAGGCAAUGGACACAGCAGUGCAGUACAUGGUUGGAUGCCAUGAUUUUCGCAAUCUCUGCAAAAUGGAUGUUGCAAAUGGGGUUGUGAAGUAUGAGAGACGGAUUAUUAGUGCAAAAGUGAAGAUUAUAGUUACAGACUCUUUUCGUAAUGGUGCUGAUACUACAUCAGCAUAUGACAUGUGUGAACUAACACUGGUUGGCCAGGCAUAUCUGUGGCAUCAGGUGAGGUGCAUCAUGGGAAUCCUUCUCCUUAUUGGGCAAGGCAAAGAGAAGGUGGAAGUCAUGAAACAGCUCUUAGAUAUUGAAAGUCACCCGAGGAAACCACAAUAUUGUCUGGCCAGUCAUGUUCCAUUGAAUCUCUUCCACUGUGAAUUUGACUGCUCUGAUUGGGUUAUCAAUAAAGAAGCUUUGAUUGGAGUAAUAUGCCGUCUUCAACAGGAGUGGACCAUGUACACUGUGAAGUCUACAAUGAUAAGAUCGAUGUUGCUGGAAUGCCAAGGGAUGCUGUCUGAUGGUGGUGCUAUAAGAGAGCAGAGUAGCUCUCUUCUUCAUGGAAUUGAGGCCAAAGUGCAUCAGCCUCUGUUUCAGAGACCGACGUGCCGUAGCCUGGAAAACCGUGUUGAACACUUUGUAAAGAAACGCCGGCUAGAAGUGACAUUUUCAGAUGAAGGAUCAAGUCAAGAACAUAAAGGAAACUCCAAUUAGAAAUAAUUCCUUCAAAAGAAUGAUCCCUCAGGACCAGAGCAAAGAUUUCACCUACAGUUCCAGUUUUUGUACAGUUAGCAUCUAGCUUUGAACUAAGAAAUAUCAUAUUACAAGAUGGUUUUCUUGUAACAGAAUGAUAAUGAAAUGAGAGAAAAGAAAAAACAAAUUUAUUAUAAUGGA